AGUGCGAACUGUUGAGUGCAAUGCGUUUCCAUUGAUUUCAUUAAGUUGCAUCUCUUGAUGCACUAACGUCUGUUAAUUUCAAACCGAUCGUUAUCGAUUUCAUUGGAUGACCAUAGUUAAUGGAGUGCGCUACUGUCACCUUAACCCAAACAAUAUAAUUGCUAAAUCUUUUGUUCGAGCUGCCCCUUGUAUAUACCUAUACCCUUCACCAAGAAGCGAUAUUUGGGAUCAUUCGGCAUUGAGAACAAUAUUCGCAAGGAGCAUACUGGCAGUUUUACUUUUUUCUCACAAGACGUCACUAUUAUUUUGGCGAUAUUGAGCUGACUGACAAGCUGUCAGGGCCGCAACCACUUCCGGCGUCCCAGGACCUCACACGUCACACGGCGACCCAGUCCCGGCGUCAGACCUUGGGUCCUUUGCUGGAUUGACCAAUCAGCAAGCAGGAAGUGGGCGUGGUCUCGUCUUCUCCGGGUCAUCCACGUGGUUCUUGUGUGUAGUUUGGGCGUGGGUCUGGUGAGUGGUGUGGGAUUUUGGAACACUAGUUUUUAUAAAGAUAUUCUACUAUGUGCCCCUGAAGGUCCAUCAAUCAACAAAUAUAUGGAAUCAUUUUGAAAAAAAUUGUUCUGUCUACAUAGCCUUGAACAAAAUGGAAGUGGAGGAAGCAAAUAAUUUAGCGAAGAAGCAUCCUCUGCUCAGUGAUGAAGAACAAACCAAAACUGAACAGUACAAAAGGAUCAAGCUUUCAGAACCUGGUAUAUCUUCAGACCAGUCUAGUAUUAAUAAGCAUGCUGAAAUACUUGAAGGUGGUUUGCAAGCAGUCCCUUCUAUACCAGAUGAGAAUGCUGAGAAAGAAGGUGUGGAAGAAAUAGACAAUGCUGUGUUUGAGGAAGAUGAAGAAGGUGAUGGAGACAGUUUUGCUGAUAUGAUGAAAUAUGGCUUAGUUGAGCAAGAUGUUGGAAUCACAAAAUUUGUCAGCACACACCAAGGUUUCUCAGGAAUUCUAAAAGAAAGGUAUUCAGAUUUUGUUGUUCAUGAAAUAAACAAGGAUGGCAAAAUAGUUGUUCUGGAUGAUUUGUCUGUACCACCUAAUGAUGAGGAACCUUCGGAGGACAUUUUUUCCAUUUUGUCUGAUGAAGACAAGCAGCAUUUAGAAGAUCUUCAACACUUUAAGAAUAAGGAAGACUCUGUUGUAAUAGAGGUUGUUGAAGAUACUAAAGAAAAAAGAACAAUUAUUCAUCAGGCUGUGAAAAGUUUCUUUCCUGGGCUAGAGACUAAAACUGAAGAAAGAGAUGGAAAAAAAUUUAUUGUAGCCUACCAUGUUGCUGGGAAGACUGCAUUGGCAAAGGUCAAAGCAGCAGAUCCCAGAAAGCAUUCGUGGCCCAAAAACAGGGGGACCUACUGCCACUUUGUGCUCUAUAAAGAAAACAAGGACACAAUGGAUGCAAUUAAUGUAUUGUCUAAAUUUCUAAGAGUAAAACCAAAUAUAUUUUCUUACAUGGGAACCAAAGAUAAGAGAGCUAUAACAGUACAAGAAAUUGCAGUUGUAAAAAUCACAGCAGAGAGACUUUCUCAUCUUAACAAAUGUUUAAUGAACUUCAAGCUAGGGAAUUUCAGUUAUAAAAAAUAUCCCCUGAAGUUGGGUGAGUUGCAAGGAAAUCAUUUUACAGUUGUUCUGAGGAAUAUCACUGGAUCAAGUGAACAGGUAGAGCAAGCAAUGACUUCACUGAGGGAUGUUGGAUUUAUAAACUAUUAUGGAAUGCAGAGAUUUGGAACAACAGCAGUUCCUACUUAUCAAGUAGGAAAAGCAAUUCUGCAUAACAAAUGGAGUGAAGUUGUGGAUCUAAUCCUAAAACCUCGACCUGGAGCAGAGAGAGGUUAUCUUGUGAAAUGUAGAGAAGAAUGGGCUAAAACCAAGGAUCCUGAGGCUGCACUGAAAAAGCUUCCAGUGAAAAGGUGUGUAGAAGGACAGUUACUGCGAGGGCUGGCAAAAUAUGGAAUGAAGAACAUUGCAUCAGCAUUUGGCAUGAUUCCAAGAAACAAUCGACUUAUGUACAUUCACAGUUAUCAGAGCUAUGUGUGGAAUAAAAUAGUGAGCAAAAGGAUUGAAGAAUAUGGACUUAAAGCUGUGCCAGGAGAUUUGGUACUGAAAGGAGUGACAGCAGUUCCAAUUGAGGACUCUGAUGUGGAGAAACAUACUAUACAUGACAUAGUGAUGCCCUUGCCUGGAUUUGAUGUUCUGUAUCCAAAACAUGAAAUUGGCAAGGCUUACGAAGAAAUGAUGGCUGCAGAUGGCUUAGAUAUAAAUAAUAUGAAACACAAGAUUAGAGAUUAUUCCUUAUCAGGAGCAUACAGGAAGAUCAUUAUUCGCCCUCAGAAUGUCACUUGGGAAACUCUAGUGUAUGAUGAUAACAAAAUUCCAUUGGUUCACACUGAUCUGGAAAAGCUGGAAGGAACACCUUUGCCUGAAUUUUCUAAAGAUGGUAAAUAUAAAGCCCUGAAGAUGGAUUUCUCACUUCCUCCCUCCAGUUAUGCUACUAUGGCUAUUCGAGAGGUGCUCAAAAUGGACACAAGCAUCAAAAAUCAAACUCAGCUAAACACAGUCUGGUUGCGAUAACCUGAUAAUUGUUAUGAGAAUCUGUACGAAAAUGUAAUGUGCUGUAUUUCAAUGAGUAUUGUUUUGUAACAGUUGCUAAAAUGCUACUUUUAUUUUUAUUCACAUAAGCAAACUAAUUAUUUUAAGAUUGUUUUAAGAUUGGAGAAUUGAUUAUUCAGAUAUUUGUAAAACUUGAUAACAAAGACUACAAUGACAACUUUGAUCAUUAAACAUAUCUUUGAUAUUAUA